AUGGCAACGGUAGUCCUUCCACACUCGCUGCAGUCGCCUUCAGCCCCGCCAAUCUUGCGCUUUCCUUAUGAAAUCACACUUGCGAUCUUACUCGAGGCGGUCGCAUACUCGGGCCCUACGUGGAAGUGGACCUUGCCGCUGAUCCUCAAGCAUGUCUGCAGAGACUGGGCUAGGGUCAUUCUCAUGGAACACCAGCUCUGGGCGACCGUUGAUUGGGACGUGUUGACCAGUUUCCCGCCCGCCCGCAUGCGCAACGUCCUACUCCUAUCCGGGAAUUCUCCACUCAAAGUCCAUCUGUCGGGGAACGUUUUCUACCCUUACCCAGAUUUUCAGCACCCAGACUUUCAGCACCUGCUCGAAAGCUUAGAGUUAGGAUUGCGAGGCCUCGCGGACCACACUAGUCGGAUCGUUCUCUUCGAAGCGCUCAAUAUGCCGUGCGAGGCGAUGAGCUUGAUUUUUGACACCUUCAAAACCUGCCCGGCGCCGAAAUUGCGAGAUCUACGUCUUGGGAUUUCAACGAACACGGAGAAGCCUUGGGGGCCGCAGGACCGCGCUUGGACCCUGUUCGGCGGCGUAAUGCCUAUGCUACAGAUCGCCCGCAUUCAUGAUGCACCCGGCGCCUGGUCCUCGUGCGUGAACAUGACCACACUCGACAUUACGGAGGAAAUGUUUCCCCUUGGAGUCCUCUUGCAAACCCUGCAGUACUGUACUAGAUUGCGGUACUUGCGUCUCGAAUUCAUAGAUUAUGACUAUGACGACGAUCGGGACACGAAGAUUGUAGUCGAGCUGCCUCACCUGCGACGUCUAAACAUCCAAUGUCCCACUCCUGCCGAGCUUUACUUUCUACGGCAGUUGUCGAUCCCUUUGGCAACUUCCAUCGAGUUGUCCUUCACCACUCUUACUCGGGUGCAAGCCGUCACCCAUGCUCCAGACUGUUGCGUGACCUGUAACAUUGCUUCCGGAACGGAGGAGUUGACACUGGAACUCCGGAAUGGAGAAUUCGGUAAGGAGAACGUGCUGCGUUCUCCGACGGGGCUUUUGACAAUCGCCUACUGCCACUUAUACGGGGUCGACGAUCCGGCACUCCCAGAGGUUUACUGUGGACUCGGGAUCUUCUCGUUGCCUGCGCUCAGGACGCUGACGAUCCACGGCCAUGCAACGGACACCUUUCCUGCUAAAGAGUGGGAACGGGUCUUCGCUUCCUUGUCCUCGCUAGUGAGACUGAAUUUGCAAAAUGUCCAGACGCUCAUCACCCCCAUCAAGCUCUUGGGGUUCGUUGGGCCGGCAGACUCGCCGUCGGUCUACUGUCCCAAACUGCAUACCCUCACCAUGGAAUUUUCAACGGGAGACCAUGCCGAUAUCGUCAGGGUUGUGAAGGAAUCCAUGAAAACUCGCGCGGAGCAGGGUUUGGGGCUGGAAUCAUGCCAAUUUACGCUCAAGAUGGACGAAGAGAUUAAAGCACUCAUGAGCGACAUGAAGUGUGCCGUGAUCAUAAAUGAGAUAUUCUGA